UGUCUUAACAAAGUGCUUUCCGGUUUUCUUUUCAGCGGUCUCAUUAUCAGAAAGGUUGUAUUCUCUCGUUUUAUCUAAAAAGUCAUUGGAAUCGAGUUUUUGUAUCGUGUUUACAAUCUGCCAAACUGGCUCUUAGAGGUUAUACAACAUUUGCGGACAAUAGGGCGUCGCCUUACUCUGUACCGGAUCAAAAGUUUAAUAAAGCAGAUUCUAUGCAGCAACAACAAGAAGAUGAUGAGUUUGAUGUAAAAAGAAAUCUAAUUGUAAAUUAUCUGCCGCAAACUUUUACUCAAGAUGAAGUAAGCCAAAUGUUUGCAAGAAUUGGUCCAGUAAGUAAUUGUAAAUUAAUUCGAAACUACACAACUGGGCAAAGUUUAGGAUACGCCUUUAUUGAGUACCCAACAGCUCAAUUAGCAGAAGAAGCUAUCAACCAACUCGACGGUAUGACUCUUCAAGAUAAAAAACUAAAGGUAAGCUAUGCUCGACCAUCAUCAACUGAAAUUAAAAAUUCAAAUGUCUAUGUAGCUGGGUUGCCUUCAUGGGUAGAUGAAGAUCGUUUGCUAUCAUUGUUUGCUCCAUUUGGAUCAAUUAUAACACAUAAAAUUUUGACUGAUGCAGCAAGCAAAAGUCGUGGUGUUGGUUUUGUCAGAUAUUCAUUAAAAUCUGAUGCGGAAAAAGCUAUUGAAAGCAUGGCUGGUAAAGUUUUGCCUGAUUCAACAACAGCUCUUAUAGUAAAGUUAGCGAUUCCUCCUGCUUCAAAACAGUUAGCUGCAGCUGCAGCUGCAGCUCAACCACUGAAUUCAAUAGCAGGUGUCCCAAAACAAAUUGUGCAAUAUAAUCCAAUGUCUUUAAGCAAUCCAGUAUAUGUGUAUGGACUACAACCACAUCAUUCUGAACUUACCCUUUAUGAGUUGUUUGCUCCUUUUGGAGGUAUUUUAAAUGUCAAGUUGAUUCGUGACAAUGCUAAGCCUGAAAAACCUUGUAAAGGUUAUGGGUUUGUUAACUUUCGUAAACAAGAUGAGGCUCUAGCUGCAAUAGCAACCAUGCAUAAUCAUCCAUAUGAUGGUAAAAUACUGCAAGUAUCUUUUAAGCAAAACAAGCAGCUAGGACAAGCAACAGCUAUGAAUUUGCUUAUGCAUCAAGGAGUUGCCUCAACUCCAAUACCACAAAACAAUAUUAGUGUUGGAAUGAACUAUGGAUAUGGUGCAGUUGGGCAAGGUGUUUAUAGAUAAAAUGGCUAUUAAGCAAUUAUAUUUAUAGUUUAUAAAAUUGCGAAUGUAAGUAUUCUAAUUGAAGGUUGAUCACAACAAAACUUAAA